AUGGCGAGCAUACUUGUCAGCGGACACACAACCACGACGGUUCCCAACGGGGUGACUGCGACCCUGGUCAACGGCAAGGACGAUCAUCUCCACACUGAUGGAGUUGAUGCGCCUGUCCCGCUCACUCUCGAGCUACCCAAUAUCUUUGCGACACUGCUGCCUUCCACGCCCCUGUCCGAGGAAGAAUCGAGCAAGAUCGCCCAGGAAUGGCUCGACAAGCUCUCCGCUAUCCUCCAAACUGGUGCUGCACCGAGCACGGAUGAGCUCAGCAGUGUGCUGGCUCACUCGAUCGUCCCUUGGUGGAAGGACCACCUCUCCCUCACCUGGGCGUUGCGCUGCGCCCAUGGCAUUCCCAAUAUCACCAAUCUCCUCGCUCCGGUCAUCCCCCUGCGCAAGCCCGUUGCCCCGGCGCUGACCAAGGCGAUCUACAUCCCCAUGACUGGGACGCUGCAGUUCGUGCAAGCGCAGUUCGACUUCGAGACCCCCCUAGCGAAGUGCAAAGGCGUUGCGUGCCUGAUUCCGGAGCAGGGGGUAGAAGAGGGAGAUGUAGCGUGGAGGGCAUGGGUCGUUAUGACCCAGAUGGCGGACUUGAAGGGUCAUGAAGCAGAUGCUCAGAGGUUGAAGGUCCCAGACGAGGGUGGGGAGGAGCAGGAGGAGGUCGAUGUGCUGAUCAUAGGCGCUGGACAGUCGGGAUUGCAACUUGCGGCUGCUCUCCGCACACUGUCCUUCCGCGCCCUCAUCGUCGAUCGCGUAACUCACGUGGGCGACCACUGGAAGCGUGUCUACGAAUCAUUCAAGUUGCACUUGUCUAAGUAUUACUGUCAGCUGGCAUAUCUCCCGUGGCCAGAGUCGACCCCUUUCUUCCCGAAGAUCAGCGACAUCGCAAACUUCCUGGAUCAAUAUGCACACGAGCUCCAUCUCAACGUUCUCUUAGAGAGCGAGGUCAAGAAGGCGGAGUUUGACAAAAAGAAGGGAAGCUGGAAUGUGCCCAUCAGGACGGGCGGAACGGAGAGGACCGUUCGAGCAGAACAUCUGGUGUUCGCGACUGGUCUUUCGGGGUAUACGCCCGCGAUGCCCAAUGUGCCUGGAAAGGAGAUCUUCAAGGGCGAGGUCAUGCACUCGCUGGAUUAUCGCGCGGGAGAGAAGUACAAGGACAAGCACGCGAUCGUUGUCGGCACUGCGUGCUCGGGACACGAUAUCGCGGCGGAUCUGUAUCGCAGCGGUGCUGCAAGUGUGACCAUGAUCCAACGGAAGGCGACCAUGGUCUUUGCGGAGAAGGCGUUCCGCGCGGCUACGGGCGUUAUGUAUAACGAAAACGGCCCGCCUCUCGAGUAUGCAGACAGACUGAGCGAAGUCAUGCCCAAUCAGCUGACCAAGCUACUGAUGGCGCAAUAUCCCCCAACAGAAGAAUACGUUGUAAUCGAAGCGGGACUUGAGAAGAGAGGCUUCCGUCUGCUCGAACGCGAUCUUGGACACAUCAUUUUCGAGCGCCAAGGUGGACACUAUCUUGAUGUUGGCUGUUCGCAACUUAUUGUCGACGGCAAGAUCGGAGUAAAGUCGGGCGUACCUAUCAAAAAUUUCACCGAGUCUGCCCUAGCGUUUGAGGACGGGACUGAAUUACCCGCUGAUGUGAUCGUAUUUGCGACCGGUCACAACACUUUGACAAUGAAGGAAGGUAUCCACAAGGUCGUUGGCGCCGAGUCUGCCAAGGGGCUAAAGGAUAUCUGGGGUCUUGAUAAGGAAGGUCACGUCAAGGGCGUCUAUAGGGAUAACGGAGUCCAGAAUUUGUGGGCUGCCGCUGGACCAUUCUCCUUCACACGGUACAACUCCAAACUUCUCGCAAUGCAGAUUGUCGCCUCCCAUUUCGGGCUCCUCCAGGAUCGGUUUGAUGUGUAA